AGACCGAGUGUGGCCCAGCUGAGGUGACUGGCAGGACUUGUUUACUGCUGGAGAGACUCGCAGAAAGAGAGAAGGAACGGGGGAACCUGGGGGAGAGAGCCGUCUCUAUCGAAACGCUACGGGAAUACAAGUUUUUAACACUUGACCCACCUUUUUAAGUUCUUUUUUACCUCAUCUUUUUAUUUCACUAUACGGGAUACUCACUUUGUGAGCGUGUUUUUAUUAUUUUAACUCCGAUGCUGAAACCUGGUUUGUUUUGGAUUAGCCUGCUAGCGUUAGCUGUUUCCCCCCAACAGCUAAUCUGAGAAAAGCGACGGGCGGCAGCAUGCGCGGAGAGUUCUCCACUUAACGGAUACGUGCGGGUUCAACACGGAUGUUAUUUGAUAUUUCCCCCCUCUCUUUUUGCAUCUGGGGAAAAGGGUACAGUUCAACCCCCGAAGUUGGUUCCCCUUCUCCUGUUCGGUUCUGAUGCGUUAGUGGCGUGGUGGUCAGCGGGGGUGAACGGGGUUCAGAGGAAGGUCGGUGUGUCGGAGGAAAGCUGCACGUUUUUCCUGCCGCAGAGUUUCCUGGGAUGUAAUUCUCUCAUCGGUCUUAAAAAGGAGGGAGCGAGAACUUCACGAAGGAGCGAUCCAGUUGAUCCGCAACUUUCAGCUCGUGUCUGCGGGAGGAGCAGAAGACUCGAGCAUCUGUGCAAAAACAAAACAAGUCAGAGCUAAGUGGACCUUACAACUGGACCUCCAGGCUGUUUUCUCUCGACUUAAACGGAACUUCAGACAGAGGAACAUGGACUGUCACCUUCACUUGUGGAAAAUGGUUUUUACACGCACUUGUGUGACCAGAACCCAAGAUCACAUUAUUUAGUGGCCUGGAUUUAAUUUUGUUUAUUAUUAUUAUUUUUGGAAAAGGCAUUUUAAUCCAAUUGGACUUUCAUUAUUUCUUGCCUUUUUUAAUAUCCACCCAGAAAUAAAACAUUUUAACUCAACGUUGGAGUUUCUGAAAGAGGAGCACACAAAGUCCAAAAUGAGGCGGUUAACGCCAAAACUGCGGUCGCAAAUGGUGUUUUUUAUCAUCUGCACCUGCAUUAUAUGCCAUUGUGGACUAAUAACUGGAGAAAUCUGCCAGAGUAAGGACAUCCGCAACAACGUGACCAACCUGCAGUCAUUGGAGAACUGCACCAUCAUUGAGGGCCACCUCAAGAUUCUGCUCAUGUUCAAGACCAAGACCGAGGACUUCCGCGGCCUCAGCUACCCGAAGCUGCGAGUGGUGACUGACUAUGUCCUGCUGUUCAGGGUCUACGGUCUGGAGACCCUCACGGACCUCUUCCCCAACCUGACUGUAAUCCGUGGCAACAACCUCUUCUUCAACUACGCUCUGGUGCUUUACGAGAUGCUGCAGCUGAAGGAGGUGGGCCUGCACAGCCUGAUGAACAUCACCCGAGGCGCCGUGAGGAUAGAGAAGAACCCAGACUUGUGUUACCUGGCAACCCUGGACUGGUCCAAGAUCCUGGACUCGGUGGAGGACAACUACAUUGUGGCCAACAAAAACGAGAGGGAGUGUGGAGACGUGUGUCCUGGCACCGCCCAGGGACAGACCCUCUGUCCUCAGACCACCAUCAACGGCCACUUCAGGGGACGGUGCUGGUCACAGAACCAUUGUCAGACAAUGUGCAUGGAUAAAUGCAAACAUGGAUCCUGCAGCCCCCAGGGCCAGUGCUGCCAUGAUCAGUGCCUGGGUGGCUGCUCUGAGCCGGGCAACGCCAGCAGCUGUGUGUCCUGCAAGAACCUGCAUCACGGGAGCACCUGUGUGGAGAAAUGCCCUCCUGAAUACUACAUCUUCAACGGCUGGCGCUGCGUCAGCUACUCCUUCUGCAAGGACCUUCACCAGCAGUGUGUGGAGACUAAACGACGGCAGAACCAAGAGUCCGGCUGUUACGAGUACGUGAUCCACAACGGGGCCUGCAUUCCAGAGUGCCCUUCUGGAUACAGCAGUUUAAACUCCACUCGGCUGAUGUGUAAGCCGUGCGCGGGCCCCUGUCCUAAAGAGUGUAAAGGAAAUAAAACCAUUGACUCUGUGACUUCGGCUCAGGCUUUACGAGGAUGCACCGUUAUUGAAGGCAACGUGAUCAUUAAGAUCCGAGGUGGAAAUAACAUAGCAGCUGAGUUGGAGGCCAGUCUGGGACAGAUUGAGGAGAUCAGAGGUUACCUGAGCAUACGCAGAGCCUACGCCUUGGUCUCCCUCUCCUUCCUACGAAAACUACGCCUCAUCAAGGGGGAACAACUCGAAGGAGAUAUUUAUGCCUUCUACGCACUGGACAACCAGAACCUCCGUCAGCUGUGGGACUGGUCCAAACACAACCUGACAAUAGAGCACGGUCGUACGUUCUUCCACUACAACUCCAAGCUUUGCAUGUCUGAAAUCACCAAGAUGGAGGAGGUAACUGGAACCAAAGAGCGCAACCAGAAGAACGACAUUGCUCUUCGCACCAACGGAGACCAGGCUUCCUGCGAAUCAAAGAGUCUGAAUUUCACCCACGUUAAGACGUCACACAACAUGAUUAUGUUGAAGUGGAACUCAUUCUGGCCCUCGGACUACAGGGACCUGCUGGGAUUUAUGGUUCUCUACAAGGAGGCUCCGUACAGGAAUGUGACAGAGUUUGAUGGACAGGACGCCUGUGGAUCAAACAGCUGGGUGAUCGCAGACGUAGAUCCACCAGCCCGCUCCACAGAUGGCAAGAAGGCCGAUGAUCCUGGGCACCUGAUUCGUCCAUUGAAACCCUGGACGCAGUACGCCAUCAUGGUCAAAACCCAGCUGUCUGCUUCUGAUGAGCGACAGGUUUAUGGAGCCAAAAGCAAAAUCAUUUAUGUCCGCACUAAUGCCUCCCGACCUUCUGUACCUCUGGACCCCAUCUCAUCCUCCAACUCCUCCUCUCAAAUCAUCCUGAAGUGGAAACCGCCGAACAGCCCCAACGGCAACAUCACCCACUACCGGGUCAUCUGUCGUAAACAACCAGAGGACAGCGACCUCUUUAAGUUUGACUACUGCUUACAAGGGAUGAAGCUUCCAUCUCGAAUUCCAACCCACCUCGACCUCGAAGAAGAGCAGAAAUGGAACCACACGGAUGAUCCCACCUCAGAGGGCAAAUGUUGUGCCUGUCCCAUGACAAAGAGCCAGAUAGAAAAGCAACAACAGGAAAUAGAAUACCGCAAGACUUUUGAGAAUUACCUCCAUAACGAAGUCUUUGAGAGCAGGUCGCCCCGUGAACGGCGCUCAGUGGACAAACCGGACACAACACAGUUUCCCUUAUUUUUUACAACGAUAUCUAGUCUGCAGCUUGGCUCCACCACCGCCUCAUCUACAGAGGAAGACGAGAACGAAGAGGGAUCCAAGGUGGAGCUGAAUGUUACCUCUAAGGAGUCAGCAGUCAUAUCCAACUUGCACCAUUUCACCAGCUACACCAUCGAGAUCAUGGCCUGCAACCACCCUGAAGACCCCAAACGCUGCAGCCUGGCGACUUACGUCAGUGCCCGAACGAUGCCAGAAGAAAAAGCAGACGAUAUCCCAGGUCCUGUGACUCACGAUGUUGUGGUCGCUGAACCUCCCUACGUGUUGAUUAAGUGGAACGCGCCUCGAUCCCCCAAUGGACUCAUCAUCCUUUACGAGGUUUUCUACAAGAAGGUCGGAGACACAGAGGUUCACACAGUUUGUGUGUCACGGCCGGCUUACGUCAACAUGAGCGGGACCAAGCUCCACCUUGUUCACCCUGGAAACUACAGCGUGAGGGUUCGGGCUACGUCGCUGGCAGGAAACGGCUCUUUUACAGAAACGACGUACUUCUUCAUGCCUAAUCCUGAUCCGGGUUUAGCUUGGAUUGUGAUCGGCCCGAUCAUCUUGCUCAUUCUGCUGCUGUUCCUGGCUGCUGGUGUCAUUUUGGUUAUCAAGAAGAGGCAAAGUGAUGGUCCAUUAGGAGAUCUCAUCACAUCUCCAAACCCUGAAUACUUCAGCGCCAAUGACAUGUACGUCCCUGACGAGUGGGAGGUGCCCCGGGAGAAGAUCACGCUGCUCCGAGAGCUGGGCCAGGGCUCCUUCGGCAUGGUGUAUGAGGGAAAUGCUCAGGACAUUGUCAAAGGAGAGCCCGAGACGCGCGUCGCUGUCAAAACGGUCAACGAAUCAGCCAGCCUGCGAGAGAGGAUCGAGUUCCUGAACGAAGCGUCCGUCAUGAAGGCCUUCAGCUGCCACCACGUGGUGCGUCUGCUGGGGGUCGUGUCCAAAGGUCAGCCCACUCUGGUCGUCAUGGAGCUGAUGACUCAUGGUGACCUGAAGAGCUACCUUCGCAGUCUGAGACCGGACUCUGAGAACAACCCAUCCGGCUGCCCACCGCCCACUCUAAAGGACAUGCUGCAGAUGGCAGCAGAAAUAGCUGACGGCAUGGCCUACCUCAACGCCAAGAAGUUUGUUCACAGGGACCUGGCAGCCAGAAACUGCAUGGUGGCUGAAGACUUCACAGUAAAAAUCGGAGACUUUGGCAUGACUCGAGACAUCUACGAGACCGAUUACUACCGUAAAGGAGGGAAGGGUCUGCUUCCCGUUAGGUGGAUGGCUCCGGAGUCUCUGAAGGACGGAGUCUUCACGGCUCACUCAGACUGCUGGUCUUUUGGAGUUGUGCUGUGGGAGAUCAGCACGCUAGCAGAGCAGCCUUACCAGGGUUUGUCCAACGAGCAGGUCCUGAAGUUUGUGAUGGACGGAGGGUUCCUGGACCGCCCGGACAACUGCCCAGAGAGAAUGCAUUGCCUAAUGCAGAUGUGCUGGCAGUACAACCCUAAGAUGCGUCCAACAUUCCUGGAUAUCAUCGAGAUGCUGCGGGACGACCUGCACCCAUCCUUCCAGGAGGUCUCCUUCUUCUACAGCGAGGACAACAAAGUCCCCGAGACAGAGGACUUUGACCUGGACCUGGACAACAUGGAGAGCAUCCCCCUGGACCCUUCUUCUUAUUCCCAAAGAGAGGAGAGCUUAGGCAGGGACAGCGGGCCAUCGGUGGCCCUCAGGGGGAACUACGAGGAACACGUUCCUUACACGCACAUGAACGGUGGCAAGAAAAACGGAAGAAUCCUAUCAUUGCCCAGAUCCAGCCCAUCCUAACAUUUCCUUAUUCCUAAAAAAAGACUCGAUUCACCUUUGCCCCCCUCCAGUUGAAUUUUCUGUUCUUUUCACAGUUUUCUUAUUCGUAGAGGAAGAAAAGACGCAGAUCUCAGGACUUUUCCGUUUCUUCCUCACCGCUGUCCAAGACGGGCAAGCAAGGGAUGCAAACACGUUUAUAAAACUUGCUCCACGACACAUCAAACUCUAUGAAUCUGUGGUGACACACAGCCAUGUUUCCAGGACUCCUCGUGAUGGAGAAAAAGUGGGGCGGCGUUUAAAUAAAUAACAAACUGAAAACUGUGAACACAGCAAACUUUAGCCAACCAGGACAGCUGCUCGUGCCACAAGACUUUCUCUGCAUUUCCACGUUUCUGAUUGUUUCUGUUCUCUCCAAACUUCCACUCAGAUUGUGGCCUUUUCUACGUGGCCUGCAAAGAAAGAAUCGUGUCUCUCAGCGUUCUUAAACUUGUUUCCUUUUUGUACACCUUAAUCAGUGGGAGGACUUGCAAAGACUCAAAAGUAGAACAUCUGAUUCCUCCAAUAAAGAUUUUGUGUUUUUGGUUCUGCAGAAUUCCAAACGGCACACAGAUUAAUCCGGUGUUUAGUGAAUAGUUUUAAUUUAUUGGCUUCCCUUCCCUUCUUUUUUAUUUCUCUGUCCUCAUUAUGUGGCUGAAGGAUAUUUAAACAAUAAUUGGACAAGAAAGAGUUCAUCAGACUGACCAAUAGCUGCUGCUUUCAUAUGGUUUAGUAGUUAUAGACAAAUCUAAAUAUAUAUUAUAUAUAUGGUAUAUAAGAAGUAUGGGUGCUUCCCACCCAUACUUGAUUUAUAUACUGUAUGAUGUUUUUGUAAAUACUGUAGUUCAUAUCCGUAAGGUUUUUCACCACAGCCUUUGCUAGUGUUGUUUGUUUUUAACCCCAGAAAUCACACAAAUCUACCGUCAGCGCUCUCUGCGCAAGUGUCAGACCUCAAGUUCCUGCUGCAUCUGGAGGAGAAAUCCCUCUUUUCAUAUCAGAGCAGUCACCAUAGAUGGAGGCAAAGUUCCUGCUGCAAAAUCCCACCUGACUACAAAUCAAAGGGUUAUGAAGGGUUGUGAGCAGGGCCAGUGCACAGGUACCAGUUUGCGUUCUGACGUUGCAUCCGUAUGAGCGGUUUUUCAAUCUGCUCAUCAGAAACUCACAAUCUGAGCGCACCCCCUCUCCUUCCACUAUAGUCCUACAUGAGAUGAGUACCAAACACCUGGUAUUCGAGUACUCACAAAGUUACCUGCAUUCCUGGUUAUGAGGCCUUUGGAGUGAUCCAGAUGAUUUUUCUGCUGUCUUCCUCUGGUUGAAUCGUGCUGGGGUUGUUUUUGUUUGCAGAUAAAAUCCAGUUAAGGUUACAGGUCGUGUGAUUGGCUCUUUGUUUGAAUCGGGGCAACUUGGGAGUGAAUUGGUUUGAUUUUAGAUGUAAAGCUGAGACGUUGCAGCUCUGGACCACACGUCACUGCUCGGGGUUUCAGGCUGGCUCUGGUGGAAAAAUGCCCAUGGUUUGUGAAGGUCUGGAGACAGAUACGGAAAGUUCCACGUGUAUUCACAGAGGACGGGAGGGAGUUGAUCCGUUUAUUCUGAUGUAGUUAACUCCAUCAGGACGGACGUGUGCACUGCUAUCUGACUCAGGUCCAACAUUCCAGGAUUUAGUCAAAACUCCUGCUUCCUGCUGGCAGAGACCGCCACAACAUCACAUCUUUAUCUGAAUCUUCUUGAGACCUUUCAGGAUGUUCUACAAGUCAAACACAUUCCCAUUAGCUGCGUUCAAAUCGAUUCAAAAAGACAAGCUAAAAGACUCUUUUGGACUCUUUAGUUCACAUUUAUACAGCUGUUUGUCAUAAAACACACAUCUUAGUUAGCUAUCCUCUUUUUUUUCCUGUUUUGGACACAAACCUGUGUGAUUGCCAAUCCAGCUGAACACUUCUAGAAAAGCCAAAGUGUUGGCAUCCUUCUGCUAGCAGCAGACUCCAGUCAGAGAAAGCAGAGAAGCUGCCUCCAUGUUUUACCAGUGCCUUUACAAACCUGCAGCCACUCCCAGGAUGAUUAGAUUAACUGGCCUAAAACACACACACACACACACACACACACGCACGCACGCACACACACACACACACACACACACACACACACACAGAAACGGGCCUCAGUGUGCACUUUUGUUUUUAUUUGUUGUUACAUCACGGGAGAGGUAUGGCUUUCAGAUAGUUGCAGAAAUAAUUUUUUCGUUCCAUCUUGCUGGGCUCAAGUGCUCACAUCCAUCCGAUGGCUUAGCGGCGGUUGUGAUCAGAGUUGGUGUGAUUUACAUUUCAGCAAAUAUUAAAUUUUACAAAACUCUUUUGUGCUUAAAUUACGUAUCAUAGAUUGGAGAAUGAAAAACAAACACACUAAUGCUAAAUACAAACGUUUCUUUUUAAAAAACGCCAAUCUUUUCUAUAUUUUCUCAUUAGUUCUCCAUAUAAUCUGGUUUUUAGUAUUUAAAAACAUGUAUCCCCCCCCCCCCCAUCCCAUCCCAUAUCCAUGAACCACCAGGAUAUUUAUUGUUUUACUGCGAUUAUGGUGAUUGUGUUUAAACAGAUGAGUUUUAUCGUCCAGGUGUAGUAAUCAGAGGUGAGCAGCAGGGAGCGCUUAUUUAUUAGUUAGUUGGUAAUUGUCUUGGUUUUUGUGUGUGGCCAGAGUCUACCUCAGUUCCUGUGGAGGAAUCAGCCUAAAGAGCCCCAGUCAUCCACGCUGUCCCACAUAUCACAUUCUCCUCACCUGCUCCUCUCUGUGGUGGUAAAAUCCUCUCCUGCCUCCUUUUGUCACAUGGAAGUUCUAAAAUAACUUCCGUACUUUUUUGGAAUUCACUUCAAGACCCGUCUCAUGUGAAACGUCUUGAUUUUGUCACUUGUCUCCAUGCCUCUCGCAGCACUUUUUCAACACGCACCAUAAGAGAACUGAUUCAUGAAUAGUUCUGCUUCCUUCUGGCACCAGAAGAAGCCGAGUCAACAGUAGCGUACCUGUGAUGGUCUUUAUGCAGCCAAAGUUAUCGGUGUUCAGUCGUGGACCUUUUCUAAGUCUGUACCACAUCUCCUCUAGAUGUUCCCUGUUUCAUGAUCGUGUUGCGUAUUGUUUGUUUUUCUACUGUGAAUAUCAAAUGAUGAUCAUUUAUUCUCUGUCAAUGCCAUGGAUUGGGCCUGUUGUGACUGAUCAGGACACAGAUGUGCAGGCUUUCAAAGAGGAGGAGCCUGCGAAGGAGGAAAUCUGGCUGGGACAAUCCUAUGUGCCAUAAGAACUUAUUAUCUGACAUCAGAUCUAGAUUGUAACUAUUCGUCUCAGGGAGGCGGCCUGAUGCUUUGUGUUUUAGAGGAGGAAGAAGAGGAUCUACCUGCUUUUUAUCCACUCUGACUGAAAUGCAACCUUUCACCUAAAUAGCCCCCCACCCACCCACCCCCGUUUUUUUUAAAGAUAAUCAGGAAUCCUCUUCUUGCUCAGAUGUGAUGUGGUUCUGACUGCCCUCUAGUGACCGUAUGGGAGUGUUGCAGGUCAGGGCAAAACGACCUCUCCCCCUUACACCUGACCCCACAUAGUGCCUUGUUAAGACUAAAUGUCGCAUCUGAUCCCUCCCAUCCGGUCCUAACUAUUCCAGCCCCCCACCGGCACAUCUCCACCUAUCACAAGAAGAUUUUUCCACCUCCAAACAUGAAAUAAACACUUGUUUUUUUAUGCAUUCUGUUUUUUAAAGCUGUAAGUGCAGAGAUAAUACUGUAAUUUGGGAUUAUAUGACUGAUGAAUUUUACAAGAGAAAAAAAAAAGAGAAACUGUUGAACUUCUGUCUACUCUGCUGAUCUCUGGCUUGCUUUGUGCAUGGAAAAACGUGUCCGUUUGAGCAUUAGAUGAUCACUGAUCUGUUUUUUUUUCCUCAGCAAAACCCCAAAGCACAUGCAAAAAAAAAGAAAAAGAAAAACAUCCCUCAUGAUUAGAAGCAAGUGAUUACAAUUUGUAUUUUUUAUGCAUUGAUAUGUUGCAUAAUUUAAAAAUGAAUGCAAUGAUUAAUAAGCUCCUAAAACUUGUAAAUAGCAGCAGAUCUUGACCCUGGGAAAUAAAAAAACCGCACAUGGUUUUAGGGAUUUUUUGUCGAUCAGCAUGCUAACCCAGAGCAGGAUGUGAACAAAGCAUUCUAUGUAUUAUUGCUUUAUCUUAAAGAGAAAAGUAUUAAUUUUAGAGAUGUUGAUUUCUAUUUUUUUAGCUUAAAUAGGGAGGACAAAUGCGAUGGUUUUGUUCUGACUGUAAAGUUUUACUACUCUUGUACAUUAUGAAUUUGUCAUUGUUAUCAAUGUGUAUAUAUGUUCCCUAAAUUUAAGGAUAUUGAUUUUUUUCCCUUAAAAAAAAAAGAAACACAAAUAACACCACACCGAAAAGACAGCCUGUCGAUGUGUUUGACAGGAGCUCAACGCCACUCCAGUCUGAGAGCUAUGUCGUAACCAGACACACAUGUGGCCUCGACCCUGCUUUUUAACCCAAGCGUGUUCUCUGAAUGUCGGCCCUCCGAGGGCCACGCGUUCCAGCCACCUCCGGUCCAGGCAGCACGGCGGUGACCACCAGGCCUUCUUUAACGUCACAGAUGUGAACUGUUUCUAACAGGCCAUGAGGCUUCUUAAUGUUCUUUCUCUGCCACUUAAUCGGGUGGAAAAACUGGAAGAGACCACCACACUUCUUUCUAAAGAAGAAGGAACACUGAGUGAUGAAAAAAUACCAGAAUAAGCUAAAAGGAACAAACAGUGCAAUAUUCAGAUGCAAGUUUAAAUCUCAAAUUUGACAAAAUUAACAUAUUACUUCAGAAAAAAUGUGUUGCCCCCUUAUUUCUGACCAUUUCCAGACUUUAAGGGAGUUCAAAGAGUUAAAAAUCAGCUUAAUUGAACCAACUCUUCUUUUCAGGCUUGUGGGACAAAGGGUGUCUCACUAUGGAGCUGUUAGUUGGUGUUUCUUCUCUGAUCUGAUGAUGCGACAUAGCUGGUUUUGAUCCUGAAUGUUUUUUUUUUACUACACACUCUGUGAGCGGUCUCUUCCAGUUUUAUCACCAACCUCUCAAAUCAGCAGAGUCUGAUUGCUGCUGCUCCUCCUCUUUGUCCUCAAGUCUCUCGAUGACUGGUUCCCAGAGUUGUGUGCGUGUGUGUGUGUGUGUGUGUGUGUGUGUGUGUGUGUGGUCUCUCAGCUGAUACCUCUACAGUAAUUUUUUUUGUUGCAGAUGUGUUAAUUUUGGGGUAAUACUGUUGUAAACAUGAUUGGUGUGUGUGCAUUCAGCAGGUGUGUAUAUGUGUGUGUGUAUAUCUGUACAGUCCGAACUCAUGGAAAUGGCUUUAUCCCUCACACUGGAUCCAAAUGUGCCAUUAUCUUUAUAAACACAGAAAUCAACACAAUGAUUUUACUCACACACAGAAUUCAAUGCAGACUUUACAGGAUCAGAAAUGUGCCAUGACUAAAAUAACGCUUGAUGAUUUAUUUUUUCUAUGUUUUCAAAGGAGAAUAAGAAUCUUGCUGUGUGUAAAUUAUUCAACAAUUAACUGUUUAUAUUAAAAUUAUGAAUAAAAUUAAUGGAGAAUA